AUGACAAAUCACUCAACUUUAAUACUCUUCCUGCUUAUUCUACACCUCUUGCCCUCAUCUCCAACUUCUGCUUCCCAUUUCAACGCUACAAACACCCAUUCAUUAUUGCCUGCAAACUAUUUGCAAAUAGCAAAUGAAGUGGCUUCUUUGUUGACAUGGAAGUCCAGCCUUGACCUCAAAGCCCAAAAAGUAUUGUCAUCGUGGGUGGCUGGUGGUAGCCAUUGCAAUUGGACUGGAAUUGAUUGCAAUGUUGGUGGAAUCAUUACAGCCUUGAAUCUUACUAAUUGUGGCUUACGAGGUACGCUCGAAGGUUUAAACUUUUCAUCUUUAGCCUCUCUACAGAUUAUUGAUCUUUCUAACAACUCUUUCCAUGGUAACAUUUCUUUUAUUAAAGAAAUGACCAAUUUGAGAAACUUAACAAUCUUGUAUCUUUACAAAAACCAAUUUUCGGGCUACAUCCCCCAAGAAAUUGGCUUGCUGGUAUCUCUUGUAGAUUUGGCGUUGUAUCAAAACUCACUCAGAGGCCAAAUCCCUACUUCAUUUGGGAAGUUGAAAAACUUAGAAUUAUUGGAUCUCAACGGCAACAAUCUUUCAGGCAAGAUCCCACAAGGAAUUGGGUCCUUAAAAUCACUUGUUGAGUUAGAUCUUUCAUCAAAUACUCUCACGGGUCUAAUCCCUAUAGAAAUAGGGAACUUGUCAAUGUUGGUCAAUUUGUCCCUAUUUGAAAAUCAUCUCUUUGGAGUCAUCCCUGAGGAGGUUGGAAAAUUGAAAUUUCUGGAAAGGCUAAGCCUGUAUUCUAAUAACCUUAAUGGCCAAAUUCCUACUUCAAUAGGAAACUUGUCAAAGUUGAUAGAUUUGAGAUUAUCAUUUAAUGCUCUCUCAGGCCAAAUCCCAAUAUCAUUUUGCAACUUGAAAAAUUUAACAAUCUUGUUUCUCAAUAACAAUAGAUUUUCGGGCUACAUCCCUUAUGAUUUUGGGUUGUUAACAUCACUUGUAAAUCUUUGUUUAGCAGAGAAUGCUCUCACUAGUGAAAUCCCUUCCACAAUUGGAAACUUGACACAUUUAACAAUCUUAUACCUUCAUGUCAACAAUCUUUCAGGCCAAAUCCCUCAAGAAAUAGGAAACUUGUCAAGUUUGAUAGAUUUGAGAUUGUCAUUUAAUGCUCUCACAGGCCAAAUCCCUACAUCACUUUGCAACUUGAGAAAUUUAACCAUCUUAUUUCUCAACAACAAUAAGUUUUCAGGCUACAUCCCUAAAGAUUUUGGGUUGUUAACCUCGCUUGUAAACUUGGAUUUACAAAAGAAUGCACUCACUAGUGAAAUCCCUUCAACACUUGGAAACCUGAAAAAUUUAGCGACCUUAUAUCUUAGUUUCAACAAUCUUUCAGGCCAAAUUCCACAAGAAAUUGGCUUGCUAGUAUCACUCGUAAAGUUGACAUUGUACCAAAAUAGGCUCACUGGCCAUAUCCCUACUUCAAUUGGGAAGUUGAAAAACUUAGAAUUGUUGUAUCUCUAUCAGAACAAUCUUUUAGGCAAUAUCCCACAAGAAAUUGGGUCCUUAAAAUUACUUGGAGAGUUGGAUCUUUCAUCAAACAAUCUCAUGGGCCAAAUCCCUACAUCACUUUGCAACUUGAGAAAUUUAACAAUCUUGUUUCUCAACACCAAUAGAUUUUCGGGCUACAUCCCUAAUGAUUUUGGAUUGUUAACAUCACUUGUAAAUUUGAGUUUAGCAGAGAAUGCUCUCACUGGUGAAAUCCCUUCCACAAUUGGGAACUUGAAACAUUUAACAAACUUAUAUCUUCAUGUCAACAAUCUUUCAGGCCAAAUUCCUCAUGAAAUAGGAAACUUGUCAAGUUUGAUAGAUUUGAGAUUAUCAUUUAAUGCUCUCACAGGCCAAAUCCCUAAAUCACUUUGCAACUUGAGAAAUUUAACAAUCUUGUUUCUCAACAACAAUAGAUUUUCAGGCUACAUCCCUAAUGGUUUUGGGUUGUUAACAUCACUUGUAAAUUUGAGUUUAGCAGAGAAUUUUAUCAUGGGUGAAAUUCCUACUUCAAUUGGACAGUUGAAAAAUUUAGAAUUGUUGUAUCUCUAUCACAACAAUCUUUCAGGCAAGAUCCCCCAAGAAAUUGGGUCCUUAAAAUCACUUGUAAUGUUGAGUCUUUCAUCAAAUUCUCUUAGUGGUCAUAUUCCUCGAGAAAUAGGAAAUUUGUCAAUGUUACUACAUUUACAUUUACAUAUGAAUCAUUUCCACGGAUCAAUACCUGAGGAGUUAGGGAAAUUGAAAUCUCUCCGAGAGUUGUUGCUACAGUCGAAUGAUCUCAAUGGGCAAAUUCCAUAUGAGUUUGAAAAUAUCACUCACUUAAGGGAUUUUCAACUUUUCAAUAAUCAUCUCAGUGGUUCUUUGCCAGAGAAUUUGUGUCUUGGCAAGUCAUUAGAAAGGGCAGGCAUUGCAGACAACAGAUUUAGUGGAAAGAUUCCUAAAAGCCUGAAGAAUUGUACAACCCUUUACAGGCUCAGGCUGGACAAUAAUGAGAUAUACGGAGACAUAUCAAAAGAUUUUGGGAUAUAUCCGAACUUAAAUUACAUAGAUUUGAGUUACAAUUACUUCCACGGCCAACUGUCUUCAAAUUGGGCUCUUUGUUCAAAACUUACUGCCUUGAAGAUAUCAGGUAAUAUAAUUUCUGGAAAUUUCCCACCUAAUUUUGGCAAUGCAUCUCAGCUGCGGUAUCUUGAUCUCUCUUCAAAUCAGCUGGUUGGAAAGAUUCCUGAAAGUUUAGGAAAGUUGAGUUUGUUAUAUGUGCUAACCUUAGACAAUAACAAACUUACUGGAAACAUACCACUACAACUUGGGGAACUAUCUUGGCUUUCAAACCUAAACUUAGCUUCGAAUAUGUUGGUUGGCUCAAUUACCCCACAAAUUGGAAGAUGCCAACGCCUAAUUACAUUGAAUCUUAGCAGAAAUAUGCUUGUGGGCAAGAUUCCUCCUGAUAUGCUAAGCUUGAAAUCCCUUGAAAAUCUUGAUCUUAGUCACAACAUGCUUUCUCAUCAGAUACCAACUCAGGUUGGAGGAUUAUCAAAUUUACAAAUGAUGAACUUAUCACACAAUAAUUUGUCAGGGUCCAUCCCAUCAAGCAUUUCUCAAUGUGCAGCUUUAGUUUCGGUUGAUGUAUCAUACAAUCAGUUGGAAGGUCCAAUCCCAAACACUAAAGCAUUUUUACAAGCACCAUAUUCUGCCUUAAGUAAUAAUAAUAAGGGUUUAUGUGGCAAUCAUUCCGGUUUAAAGCCUUGCUUCCUGCAUAAUCAAAGUGAUAGAAUGAAUAGAAAGUUGGUUGUAAUCAUAUUAGUGGCAUUGGGAAGUGUAUUUCUAUUGACAGUGGUUAUUGUCAUUUUUGUCAUUUUUGGACGACCAACAAGAAAUAGAGGAGAGGAAGUUGCGGAGCAAAGAGAUUUUACUAAUGAUUUGUUCACUAAAGAUUUGUUCGCAAUAUGGAGUUUUGAUGGAAAAAUGACAUAUGAAAGCAUAAUUGAAGCAACAGGGAACUUCGACUCCAAAUACUGCAUCGGUGUAGGAGGGCAUGGAAGUGUGUUUAGGGCUGAGUUACCUAGUGGUCAAAUUGUUGCCGUGAAGAAGUUUCAUACAUUAGACCUAAAAGACGAUGGAAGGCGUGAUAUGAGAAGCUUUUCAAAUGAGAUAAAAACAUUAACAAAUUUGAGGCAUCGAAAUAUUGUAAAGCUUUAUGGCUUUUGUGCUCAUAAUAGGCACUCAUUCUUGAUUUAUGAGUAUUUACAAGGGGGAAGCCUAGCACAAAUUUUGAGUGAUGAUGAGAAAGCACUGCAUUUUGGAUGGUUGGAAAGGAUAAAUGUGGUCAAAGCUGUAGCUAAAGCUUUGUCAUAUAUGCACCAUGACUGUUCACCUCCUAUUGUUCACCGGGACAUAUCAAGUAACAAUAUUCUGUUUGAUUCUGAACUCGAAGCUCAUAUAUCUGAUUUUGGGACAUCAAAAUUUUUGAGCACCGAUUCAACAAGUUGGAGUACAAUUGCUGGAACCAUGGGAUAUAUUGCUCCAGAGUUUGCUUACACUGCGGAGGUAAACUGCAAAUGUGAUGUGUAUAGCUUUGGAGUGGUAACACUAGAAAUGAUUAUGGGAAAACAUCCUGGCGACCUCAUUACAUGCCUUUAUUCAUCCUCAAUCUCGACAAUGGAUGGCAUGCUUUUUAGCGAUCUGUUAGAUUCUCGAGUGCCAACUCAAAAAAGAUACAACGCACAACAACUUGUGUUAGUUGCAAAGAUAGCAGUUUCUUGUAUCAAUCCCAAUCCACAAUGUAGGCCAAGUAUGGAACAAGUUUCUAUGCUACUAUCCAAGGAAAGGGAUUUUCCCAAAAUUUCCCCUGAGAUCACAUUAAGCCAGUUGUUUGGUCUUUGAGUUUCAGACUGCAUGAAUUUUUAUGCUAUUCAAGGGAUCACAAGUUAACAUACCUUUAUGCUCGUGACAAGUGUCUGGUAAAUAUCGUUUUUAUGAAUUGUUUGGACAAAUUUUUGGUGUUCA